AUGGCGAAUUCGAACACACAAGAUUUGAUUGUCGAUGGUGCAGAAUUGAGUCAUCCGAUCACCAUCAAACGUGGUAAAACAUCACGUAUCCAUCAAGUUGUUGCGUAUCCAACGCAGUUAACACGAAAAACGACCAACGGUUUUGCAGAUGGGUCAACGACGCCAGACGACAAAACAAUCAAAAAGUGUAGAUGGCAUACGGCUGGUAUCAUCCGAUUUCAUCUGAACCCCGAAACGAAUAAAAUCUACGAGGCUCGGCCAAGUUUGCACGAACUCGAAAUCACACUUGAAUGCCUUCUCGAAGAAACUCAUAAAGAACAAUUGGCCAAACGAGCUGAACAAAUCUAUGGACUAGAAUUUUCAGCAGAUAAUUUUGUGAUUUGUCCAUUUCAAACCUUUAUGGCACAAUUAACAGUUCCCAUGGACGGUGUUCCGAAAACAUACUAUGGUNAUUUCUGUACAAACAAAACGCAUUUUUUCAUUAAUUCUUCGGAAAAUUGCAAUCGAAUACUAGUAGAUCGGAAUCGAGAGAGUUUUCUUUAUCAAAUACUACGGAAAAUCGCUUCAAUCCGUUGCGUCUUCGUCACUUAUAUUUGGAGUUGCCCAUGUCCGAGUUUUCAGAGUAGAUCAGGUUAUUAUUCACAAUGUGGCGAAGACAUCGAAUUGCAUAAAACAACCUUCAAAGAGAAUCUUACGUCGGAAAAUCCCGGCAUAUUUGUGGAAAAUGGCGCUUUAGAUGGAAUUACUUAUAGUAAUACAUUAUUUUUCGAGCGAAUAUUUGAUUGGCGGGGAGUGUUGAUCGAAGCGCAACCGGAAAAUGUUAAGAGAUUGUUUCCUGCUGAUCGAAAGAGAACAGCGAAGAUUCCAGUUGCAAUUUGUUCACUCCCACAGACCGAAAUUCUCAUGUUGGGUGAAGGAAAUGCUUUAGCUGGUGAUAUCAAAUCUAUGGACGAAUCGUUCAAAAAAGCUUUUUAUAAGCACAGUAAACAAAUCCAACGAGUUCCUUGUGCAGAAUUAUCGGUUUUGCUUACAAUGGAUUGGAAUAUUCAUGUACAUUCUCUUCUGAUAGAAAAUAGUUCGAAAAUACCGAAUAUAACGGAUCUUUUACAAAAUCAUGGAUUUCGAAUCCAAGAAUUUCGACAUUGUACUCCGGGACCUGGAUGUGCCAGUAAUACUUUAUUUGUUAAUGAGAAAUAUGAAAAACCGGAUUUUUCAUCGAUUUGUUUAGCAAAUAUUUCUUGUGAUAUAUGA